GAACUGAAAAUAAACUGGGGAGAACAGGCCCUAAAGUUUAGUGAUAAAUGAACUUUGUUGGGUCAUAGUAUUAUUUGUAAAUUCAACCAACAGCUUACAUAUUUACCAAGUAUACGUACCAACUUCCACGAUAGAUGAUAGUGCAUCAAGCUUUGUUUAUGACUUCCUAGUUUCUACAACUCAUACACUACUUUUCCCAUUUGUAUAUUACAAUUAAAUCGUAAAUCAUUGCCUCAUCUUCUGCACCAUAUCCCCACAAGAAGUCAACUAUUCCCCAAAACUUCAUAGAUUAUAAUGACACAGGAUAUUAUCAUAUCAGCAACCACCUUCCUCCUCCUCUUUCUAUCUCCUUCCUGGGGCAAUGCCGCCGAUACCAGCGUCCUCGACACCGAGGGCCGCCCACUCCGAGCCAAGUCAAGGUACUACAUUCUUCCAGCGUCUCAAGGCCAAGGAGGUGGCAUAACAGUGUCACAAAAAAACCAAACCACAUUAUGCCCCCUCUACGUUUCCCAGGAAAGCCAGGAAAUUUACCUUGGCCUAUCUGUAUGGUUUCUUCCCAGCAAACACAACCAACGCCUGAUUUACAUCUCCUCUGACAUCAACAUCCUCUUCAAUAUGGUUAACAUGUGCUUGCAGUCCGCCGCGUGGAAGUUGACGAUUGAUCAUACAACAUGGAGGAAGUAUGUGGCUACUGGAGGAGCCAUUGGAAAUCCAGGGGAGGAAACGGUUAGUAGUUGGUUUAAGAUAGAGAAGGUUAAAAGUGGGAGUUAUGAAUAUGAUUACAAUUAUAAGAUUAUGUAUUGUCCAAAUGUUUGUUCAUUUUGUAUGGUAAUAUGUGGAGAUGUUGGUGUUUUUGUUCAAGAUGAUGGGACUAGGUUGCUUGGUCUUAGUGAUCGCCCCUUUUAUGUCAUGUUUAAAAAGGCAAAAUCUCGUAUGAAACAGAAACAAUAUCAUUAUAAUUUUUUGUGAGAUUCUAGUAACACCUCCUAUAUAUUUUAGGAGUGAUUUUUUGUGGUUGUAUAAUAAUUUGGUGUGAUAGGGUCUUAUGAUCAUCUAAGACUUACUUAUUGGAGCACACAUGACAUACAUGACUUGCACUCGAGAAAUGAAAGCUUAAGUUUUGAUUUUAUUGAUGCAUAAUGUCGGAUCUAAGAAUUCAA